CUUAAAAAUAUGGUUGGCGCGUCCUAGUAUAUAUAAAGGUUGAAGCUAGAUUGAGAUUCAGUUGGGGAUUUUCCAUCAUCUUCUUCUUCUCUUCUUCUUCUUCUAGAUUCCGACUCGCCGUGUUGACUCGGUCCGGGUCGGGGUUUAACCGCCAACUCGCUUCUCAAUUCUCAAUUCUCGCCUCCACCACACGCGGAUCUCAAGGAAAAGCAAAGGGUGUAUCACCAUGAAGGCUCUGAUUCUUGUUGGGGGGUUCGGAACUAGGUUGAGGCCAUUGACACUCAGUUUCCCUAAGCCUCUUGUUGAUUUUGCUAACAAGCCUAUGAUUCUGCACCAGAUAGAGGCUCUUAAGGCCGCUGGAGUUACUGAAGUGGUACUAGCCAUCAAUUACCAACCAGAGGUUAUGUUAAACUUCUUGAAGGACUUUGAAGCAAAGCUCGGCAUCAAGAUCUCAUGUUCUCAAGAAACUGAACCUCUGGGAACUGCUGGCCCCCUUGCUCUAGCUAGGGAUAAGCUGAUAGAUGGCUCUGGAGAGCCAUUUUUUGUUCUCAACAGUGAUGUUAUCAGCGAGUACCCACUUGAAGAAAUGAUUGAAUUCCAUAAAAGCCAUGGAGGAGAAGCUUCCAUAAUGGUAACAAAGGUUGACGAGCCAUCGAAAUAUGGUGUGGUUGUGAUGGAGGAGUCCACCGGGCAGGUUGAGAAAUUUGUUGAAAAACCAAAACUGUUUGUUGGUAACAAAAUCAAUGCUGGAAUUUAUCUGCUGAACCCGUCUGUUUUGGACCGAAUUGAGCUGAGGCCCACUUCUAUCGAAAAAGAGGUCUUUCCUAAGAUUGCUGCAGAGCAAAAGCUAUAUGCAAUGGUUCUGCCUGGAUUCUGGAUGGACAUUGGACAACCAAGGGACUACAUUACUGGCCUGAGGCUUUACCUAGACUCAUUGAGGAAGAAGUCUUCUUCUAAGCUGGCCAGCGGUUCGAACAUUGUGGGGAAUGUCAUCGUGGAUGAGACAGCCAAAAUUGGAGAAGGAUGUCUCAUUGGACCUGAUGUCGCGAUUGGUCCGGGCUGCAUUGUUGAGUCAGGUGUUCGGCUCUCGCGCUGCACAAUAAUGCGAGGAGUCAGGAUUAAGAAGCAUGCUUGCAUAUCCAGCAGUAUCAUUGGGUGGCAUUCCACUGUUGGGCAAUGGGCUCGAGUGGAGAAUAUGACUAUCCUUGGCGAAGAUGUCCAUGUGUGUGAUGAAAUUUACAGCAAUGGUGGUGUGGUUUUGCCCCACAAGGAGAUAAAGUCAAGUAUUCUGAAGCCAGAGAUUGUCAUGUGAAGUCAUUGUUAUUCAAAUUGGUUAUGGUGAGGAGGUUAAGUUAUUGAGUCUGAAAGAUGUUUGCUCUUUUGCUUCCUGUCCUUUUUUUGUUCACCCAUUUAUUUUCUCAAAGUUUAUAGUGUACAACAGUACAAGUCAGUUUUUUUUAUUAGAAUGAGUGACCCCAUUACAGUGUUGAACUUCAUAAUUGUUCUAUGGGCCUAAGAUUGGUCUUCUGUGCAAAAAUCAUGUAAUUUUCAGUGUAUGUAUAGAAAUAAAUUACUGAUUAGUUGGUUC